UCUCUCACAUCCUCAGUGGUUUCAGCUUCACCGACCAUCGACCAUGGCCCCUCCUCCUCCCGCCAGCUUGCCUCUUCCCGAGAGACUCAAAGCUCUUGCCCAGACAUUACAGUUCGCCUGGUUCAUCGGACAUUUGACCCUGCUUCUCUCCGUCUUCCGCUACAGCUUGUCGUACAUCACUUUCAACUACUACUCUACUUGGGCGAAGGUCUCAUAUCGCCUUGCGUUCGUUUCGGCGGCGGCUACCUAUGGGAUUGUGGUUUAUAAGCAAUACUUUGCUCGUAGCCGUUUGCAGGGCAAUCCCCCCGCUAUUGCUUUGAAGCUUGCUUCGGAUGAGAAUGUGCAGUACCUCGCAAUGGCUCUCGUGUGGCUGUACUCCCGCCAACUUCCCUUGGCCCUGCUUCCCUUCAGCGUAUACUCAAUCUUCCAUGUUGCGACCUACACCAGGACCUACCUGAUCCCAACCCUGCAGCCGGCCGCACCGGGCGUCGGGCCGACCUCCCCGACCUCCCCCGCCGGGUCUGCUAAGCCGGUGGGCAAGCCGUCGGCGCUGGCCGAUACCAUCGGCAAGUUCGUCAAGCAGUACUACGAUGCCAGCAUGGGUCUCGUUGCUGCUCUGGAGAUCACCCUGCUGUUCCGCCUGGUCCUGUCUGCGUUGACCUUCUCCAGGGGCAGCUGGGUUCUCUUGGUUAUCUAUGUGGCUUUCUUCCGGGCUAGGUACUCUCAGAGCUCUUUCGUGCAGCAGGCGAUGGGCUACCUCUCCGCUCGUAUCGAUGCCUCCAUCGCCCACCAGAGCACUCCUCCCCCGGUGCGCCAGGGCUGGGAGGCUUUCAAGCGUUUUGUGCGCCAGGGUUACGAGGCAACGGACCUGAGCCGGUACACUUCUCGCUACGCUUCCACUGCCGCCAAGAAGCCCCAAUAAAGAGAGCGGCUGGACAAUUGUCCCGGAUCAAGAACGCCCCGAGUAGUCUCUCGACAAUGACCUUGCUGCUAGUCUAGGGUCCAGAUUACGGUUUCUUUUCUCAACCACAUCCCAUGGAGAUAUCGACCUGUUGGCCUAUAUCAGUAUGAGUAUGGUCUGUGGAUCUGAUCUGAGGGCCAUGAAAGACAGGCGCCCCUCUUCAAUACAAGCCCAAGGCUUGCUUUUAUGAUGCUUUUUUUUCGUCUGUUUGCCCCAGAUGAUAUGGGAAGUGAUAAGCGAUAAGUGUUGGUCCAUGCGAUGAUAUGUGAUGCCCUAGAUGCAUUACUGGUUUUUCAUUUUUUUCCCCC